AGCUUGGUUUGCCUCGGUUUCGCUGUGCCCAUGGUACUGAGUGAAGAGCAAGUGGGUGAGUUCACAGAGGCCUUCAGCUUGUUUGCUGGCUCUUCGAAGCUUGGCGGUGAUACCAAGAAGGUGGAAGCCAACAAGCUUGAUGUGUUGACUCGAUCGCUGGGUUUGAAUCUCUCAGACGCUGAGCUUGACGCCCGAAGGGCAGAGGUGGCCCGGGACAACGUGAUCCGCUUGGAGGACUUCCUCUCCAUGAUGGAUCGCUUGAUGGAAGCUCAGGCUGAAGAUGAGGAUGCAGAGCUACGGGAAGCCUUCAGGGUCUUUGACCGGGAUGGUCGCGGCUUCAUUGACAUGAAGGAACUCCGGAGUGUCAUGCUGAAUCUGGGUCGAGGACUGACCGGGUCUGAUGUGGACGAGUACGAGGAGCAGGAAGACGGGGAGUCGCGCUUGGUGGACUUUGAAGAGUUCAAGACCUUACUGGGAAGCUAGGUCGGACGUGAGCGAGGCGCGAGGCCCAGACCGUUCGGUCGAGCCGCUCGGUCCGACCCCGACCUUCUGAGAGUGUGGACCGAGCGGCUGUUUUCGAGGGAACGCCCGGUACAUUGGUGACCUGGGCUUUCCAAGUCUCAGAGUUGACGGCUGACGUUCCCAAAGGGAAUUUCAGACGUGAGACGAAAUGAGAAGCGGGAGUGAGAAGCGAAGUUCGAGGGCCGCUGGCGGCAAUAAGCAUCAAAUCAUGAGAACUAGGGGCUCCUGGCCCUACUACUAGGAACAAAGUCAACCCG